AUGGUUCUUCUCAAGAGCUUCGUUCUCGGCGCUCUGGCCGCCACGGCGGCUGCCAAGUCGGCCGUCAUCGACCUGAUCCCCUCCAACUUUGACAAGGUUGUGCUCAAGUCGGGCAAGCCCACCCUCGUGGAGUUCUUCGCUCCCUGGUGCGGCCACUGCAAGACUCUGGCCCCUGUCUACGAGGAGCUUGCCCUCGCUUUUGAGAACUCCAAGGACAAGGUGCAGAUUGCCAAGGUUGACGCCGAUGCUCAGAAGGAGCUCGGCAAGCGCUUCGGCAUCCAGGGCUUCCCCACGCUCAAGUGGUUCGAUGGCAAGAGUGACACCCCGGAGGACUACAAGAGCGGCCGCGACCUCGACAGCCUGAGCGAGUUCAUCACGACCAAGACGGGCGUCAAGUCCAAGAAGGCCCAGAAGCCCGUCAGCAACGUGGCCCUGCUCACCGACGCGAACUUUAAGAAGGCGAUUGGCGGUGACAAGGACGCUCUCGUCGCCUUCACCGCUCCCUGGUGUGGACACUGCAAGAACCUCGCCCCCGUCUGGGAGGAGGUCGCUAGCGACUUCGCCGCCGAGGAUGGUAUCAUCAUCGCCAAGGUCGACGCUGAUUCGGAGGGCAGCAAGAACACCGCGCAGGCGGAGGGCGUCACUUCGUACCCCACCAUCAAGUGGUUCCCGAAGAACGGCGGCCCCUCGGAGCUUUACAGCAGCGGGCGCUCCGAGCAGGCGUUCGUCGACUGGAUCAACGCGAAGGUCGGCACGCACCGCACCGUCGGCGGCGGGCUCGACGUCACGGCUGGCACCAUCGCUGCGCUCGACAGCAUCGUCGCCAAGUUCACCGGCGGCCUGUCUCUGGCCGAGGCCUCUGCGCAGGUGCAGAAGGAGGCUGCGUCGCUUGCCGAGCAGGCUCAGUACAAGUACGCCGAGUACUACGUCAAGGUCUUCUCCAAGCUCAACGCCAGCGAGGGCUGGGCCGCGAAGGAGCUGGCUCGCCUCGACGGCAUCCUUACAAAGGGUGGCCUUGCGCCCGCCAAGCGCGACGAACUCACCAGCAAGACCAACAUUCUGAAGAAGUUCGUCGAGCAGGUCGUCGAGAAGGUCAAGGAGACCAAGGACGAGCUGUAA